CGAGCCCCCUGGCACUGGCCCUGGCCCUGGCCCUGGCCGAGGCGGGGCGCGCGGAGCCGGCAGCCGCAGCAAGUGCGCGGCGAGGAGGAGCCGCGGGGCAGGUGCAUGGAGAACGUCACCAGCCCGUGGAGCCCCAAAGGCUGGGGAAGCUGCAGCCCGACGGGUCCCUAAAGGCUCUAGCCCUUGAUCGGGGCAGAUUUAGACCAGGAGGUGGGCACUCAAGUCAGCGCCAUUCCUCUGCUCUUUGGGAGUGCCCCGAUUUGUGGAAGCCUUGUGGACCCGAUCUCUCCGAACACAGGCUCGAGUGGCCAGGUUGAGUCUGGCUUGUGACGGUCAUUUAUUCGAAAAGAUGGUUCUUUAUUUAAAUUCUGUUUUAUGCUUCCCGGUCAUACUACUGCACCACUGGAUUGGGACAACUUUUUCCUUAAAUCUUGAAGAUCCAAAUGUGUGUAGCCACUGGGAAAGUUAUUCAGUUACCGUUCAAGAAUCAUAUCCACAUCCUUUUGAUCAAAUUUACUACACCAGCUGUACUGACAUACUGAACUGGUUUAAAUGCACACGGCACAGAAUCAGUUAUCGCACUGCCUACAGACAUGGAGAAAAAACUAUGUACAGGCGGAAAUCCCAGUGCUGUCCUGGGUUUUAUGAAAGCAGGGAAAUGUGUGUCCCUCACUGUGCUGAUAAAUGUGUCCAUGGGCGUUGUAUUGCUCCAAACACCUGUCAGUGUGAGCCUGGCUGGGGGGGCCCCAACUGCUCUAGUGCAUGUGACAGUGACCACUGGGGACCCCACUGCAGUAGUCGUUGCCAGUGCAAAAACAAAGCCUUAUGCAACCCUAUCACUGGAGCCUGCCACUGUGCUUCAGGAUUCAAAGGCUGGCGCUGUGAAGAACGCUGUGACCAAGGGACAUAUGGAAACGACUGCCACCAAAAGUGUCAGUGUCAAAAUGGAGCCACCUGUGAUCAUGUGACUGGAGAAUGCAGAUGCCCUCCUGGAUACACUGGGGCUUUCUGUGAGGAUCUUUGCCCUCCAGGCAAGCAUGGGCCACAGUGUGAAGAAAGAUGUCCUUGCCAGAAUGGAGGAGUGUGUCACCAUGUGACUGGGGAAUGUGCCUGCCCACCUGGAUGGAUGGGCACAGUCUGUGGUCAGCCUUGUCCGGAGGGUCGUUAUGGAAAAAACUGUUCUCAGGAAUGUCAGUGCCACAAUGGGGGCACGUGUGACUCAGCAACAGGUCAAUGUCAUUGCAGUCCAGGUUACACAGGGGAACGAUGCCAGGAUGAAUGCCCAGUGGGGACUUAUGGACUGCAAUGUGCAGAGACCUGCCAGUGCAUGAAUGGAGGGAAGUGCUAUCACAUUAGUGGCGCCUGUCUGUGUGAACAAGGAUAUACAGGAGAACACUGUGAAACAAGGCUUUGCACUGAUGGGGUCUAUGGUCUCAAGUGUGACAAAAAGUGUCCGUGUCACUUGCCCAAUACCCGAAGCUGUCACCCUAUGUCUGGAGAGUGCUCCUGCAAGCCUGGCUGGUCUGGACUCUACUGUAAUGAGACAUGUUCCCCUGGAUUCUAUGGUGAAUCUUGUCAACAGAUCUGCAGCUGCCAAAAUGGUGCUGACUGUGACAGUGUGACUGGAAAAUGCAUCUGUGCCCCAGGAUUUAAGGGUCCCGAUUGCGGCACUCCUUGCCCUCCAGGAACAUAUGGGGUAAACUGUUCCUCUGUGUGUAGCUGCAAAAACGGAGCCCUCUGUUCUUCAGUAGAUGGUUCUUGUACUUGCAAAGCAGGUUGGCAUGGUGUGGAUUGUUCAAUAAACUGUCCCAGUGGCACAUGGGGUCUUGGCUGUAACAUUACCUGCCAGUGUCUUAAUGGAGGGGCCUGUAAUGCUCUGGAUGGAACGUGUACCUGUGCUCCAGGUUGGAGAGGGGAAAAAUGUGAAUUUCCUUGCCAGGAUGGCACGUAUGGGAUGGAUUGUGCUGAACGCUGUGAUUGCAGCCAUGCAGAUGGCUGUCAUCCAACCACUGGGUAUUGUCGCUGCCUCCCUGGAUGGUCAGGUAUACACUGUGACAGCGUGUGUGCUGAGGGACAGUGGGGGCCGAACUGUUCAUUGUCCUGUUACUGCAAAAAUGGAGCUUCAUGCUCUCCAGAUGAAGGAAUCUGUGAAUGUGCACCAGGAUACAGAGGCACCACUUGUCAAAGAAUUUGUUCUCCUGGGUUUUAUGGACAUCGUUGUAGCCAGACCUGUCCCCAGUGUGUUCACAGCAGUGGCCCUUGCCAUCAUGUUACCGGACUUUGUGAUUGCUUACCAGGAUUCACAGGUGCCCUCUGCAAUGAAGUGUGUCCCAGUGGCAGAUUUGGCAAAAACUGUGCUGGCAUCUGUACAUGCACCAACAAUGGAACAUGUAAUCCCAUCGACAGAUCUUGUCAAUGUUACCCUGGUUGGAUUGGCAGUGAUUGCUCUCAGCCUUGCCCACCCUCUCAUUGGGGUCCAAACUGUAUUCACACAUGCAAUUGCCAUAAUGGAGCUUACUGCAGUGCCUAUGAUGGGGAGUGUAAAUGUACUCCAGGAUGGACUGGCCUCUAUUGUACACAGAGAUGUCCCUUGGGGUUUUAUGGGAAAGAUUGUGCAUUAAUAUGCCAGUGUCAGAAUGGAGCUGAUUGUGACCACAUAACAGGACAGUGUACAUGCCGCACAGGAUUCAUGGGCAAACAUUGUGAACAGAAAUGUCCCCAGGGUACAUAUGGCUAUGGCUGCCGGCAAAUAUGCGACUGUCUGAAUAACUCAACUUGUGACCACAUCACAGGAACUUGCUACUGCAGCCCAGGCUGGAAAGGAGCAAGGUGUGAUCAAGCUGGUGUAAUCAUAGUGGGAAACUUAAACAGUUUAAGCCGUACCAGUACUGCUAUCCCCGCAGACUCGUACCAGAUAGGGGCUAUAGCAGGCAUCAUUAUUCUUGUCCUUGUCGUCCUCUUCCUGCUAGCACUAUUCAUCAUUUAUAGACAGAAGCAGAAGGGGAAAGAAACAAAUAUGCCAGCAGUUACCUAUACACCUGCUAUGAGGGUCAUCAAUGCAGAUUACACCAUUUCAGAAACCAUUCCUCACAGUAAUGGUGGAAAUACUAAUAGUCACUACUUCUCCAACCCUAGCUAUCACACCCUAACACAGUGCACAACCCCAUCUCAUGUCAACAACAUGGACAGGAUGACCCUUGCAAAGACUAAAAACAACCAGCUCUUUGUGAAUCUUAAGAAUGUGAAACCUGGAAAGCGAGGUGCAGUUAUGGACUACACGGGAACACUGCCUGCUGAUUGGAAGCAUGGUGGCUACCUCAAUGAGCUCGGGGCUUUUGGACUUGACAGAGGAUAUCUGGGAAAAUCCCUGAAAGAUCUGGUGAAAAACUCAGAAUACAAUUUAAGUAACUGCUCACUAAGUAGCUCUGAAAAUCCAUAUGCUACCAUAAAAGAUCCACCAGCACUUGUACCAAAAAACACAGAAUGUGGAUAUGUUGAAAUGAAGUCACCAGCACGCAGGGACUCGCCAUACGCUGAGAUCAGCAACUCUGCUUCAGCCAACAAGAAUGUCUAUGAAGUUGAACCUACAGUGAGUGUUGUCCAGGGAGCAUUCAGCAACAAUGGACCUUUCAGCCAAGAUCCGUAUGAUCUUCCGAAAAACAGCCACAUUCCAUGCCAUUAUGACUUGCUACCAGUUCGAGAUAGUCCAUCCACUUCUAAGAAAGAGAUCAGCAGUGAAUGACACUUAAAGGUCAUUGUGCAGAACAGUGGAACUCUAGAGGAGAACAGCAGCCUGGUUAUAUCCUCCUCCUAGUUUGCCACCAUUCAGUUUGGCUCCUAAUCCAUUCAGUAGACAAUUGUUGUACGUUAACCAAGAAUCUCAAGAUGAGGUUUGUAUACACUCAUGGUCAAUGGAUAGAUGCCAAGUUGAGAAGGUCCGGAUCAGAUUUUUAAUUAAAAUUUUUAAUUUUAUAGAGACGCCAAUGCAGCAUAUAUACAUUGUAAUAUACUGGCUUAAACAUAGUAGUUUGCAGUACAGUUCUGAUAAUUCCUAUUUCUGCAAGUUUGAAACUGGAGUACAUGUUUGUUGUUUGCUUCCUCAUGUUUCAUAGUAGAGAUGCCCCCAGGACAGUUCAACUGACCAAGCACCUACCUUGUAUAGGUUAUCUGACUCAUCAUUACCUAUGAGAAAAAUGGUCUUGUUCCUAAAUUUCUUCACUUUGCAAUGUAUUGCAGUGGAUUGUCUUUUGUCAAGACACAAAGAGACAUGGUCUGAAGGUGUGUAUAGGUUGCAAUACUGCAACAAUUUGGAAGACCCAGCACGAGAUUUUUUUUACGUCCAUUUUUGCCAUGAAAAUACAAUGCCUGAGUAAUUUUGAAGGUGAUGAAAACACUGCAUGCAAUAAUGUUACUGCUAUGCCUCGAGAUCAGUGGAUACCCCACAUUUGUAGGUUUGGGCACCAGUCAUUUCCAGACCAUUGGGCACAUUUCAGUUACAUAUGCUGCAGUUCUGACUACUCUUCCUGGCAUACACAAGUAAUAAUCCAUAGCAUAUCAGUAAUUAUUUCAUAAAUAUAUAAAUGAAAUCAGUUUAUUUUUGUCGGAAUGGACUGUGUGUGUAAGGAAUGGAUAAAAAUGAUGAGUGCUGUGAAUCUGAAAUCAAGGAAAGGUUUAAAUUUUAUAAACAAGUAGUAUAUGGGCUGUAAUAUAGGGUAAGAAUAGUACAAUGUUUUGAUUAAUUUUCCCCUAGAAAUGAUGGAACAAUCUCUGCAUAUUUGCUAAAAAGGCACCUUUUCUUUUUCAUAGUUGAUGUAGGGAAAAUAUGCUUAAGCUGGUCUUUUGCAUUGCUAAUAACAUAUACCCCAUUUUUCAUUAACUUGUAUCACCACUUUAAAUUGUGUAUCUAUGUUUCUAGUGUUCUAGUUUAUUAACUGCAAAAAUAUUCUAUUGUGUAUCCAUGGUUUCUUGCAUUUUUACCAACUGACCUUUAUUUUUGUUUAAGGAGUACUGUCCUUUGGGGGAAGAGCAUAAAAAUGAGAUUUAAUAUAAUACUAAAGUCCACUGAUGAUGGAUUAGCCAAGUUGAAGUGUAAUGUAUAUGGACAGAAUGAAUUAGCCAAAAAGAAAGAAUAUUUUAAGGUGUUUUCUUUGAGGGCUAAUAAUUAUGACACGAAUGCAAAAUGAGUUGGCAGAGUUGGAAAAGAAAAUGGAAGACUUCUCCACUUAGAAAUAAGCUCACUUAUUUACCCUACUGUAUGGAACCUGAAGGCAUUCUCUCCUCUCCGUCUCCCAAAUAUAGUCAAUCCAUGGUCAAGGCCUCAUAUAUUCUGCAAUUAAGUGGAAGUCGGGUUUCCAAGGAAUCUGCCUCUUUAAUCAGAAUUGUGUUUCAUUCAUUUUCAAUUGUGGAAGCUGAUGCAGUGCUGUCUCCAUGAAGCUGUAGACUGCUUGAAGCAAUAGCUGUACAUUGUCUGGCCUACCCAUUUUGUCUCAAUGGGAUGUUUGAAUUUAGAAACUAAAUAGGGCAGUUUAAAUGUCAGUAUUAGUAAUGAUCCCACUGCAAUCAUCUUAGUGAAGCCUCCUGCUAAUGUCCUUAUCCCAUAGGCCCAAACAGCCUCACACCUUCCCAAAGUAGUGACUCUGUAUCCUGACACAAGUGGAUGAUAGGGGGUAACAACCUUUGAACGCUUCAGAACUGUAUGGUAUGCUAGGUCAAGGAUUUUGAUAUUUGUGUGCUCUCCAGUCAGUACAAUAGGUGAAGACUGGUUUACUUUAGAGUCAAAGAAUUGUUGACAUCAUAACAGCAUCAAUAGGUUCCCUAGAGUGUCACAGCUAGCAGCCUUUUGUACAGUAGAUAGUAUACAGAGCCUCAGCAGUAAGAAAAUGGGUAAUAAUGUCUGGAGUUCAGGUGACAGUAGUCAUAUUUAUCAUUGUCAUUACAGUGGUGACAGAUUAGAGCUCUUUAAUGAUAUUACCCAUAGCUGGGCUCAGGCCAUGCAACAUGGUUGUCUGUAUAGGAUGCCCCUUCACAUCACUUUCUCUCUUCAUUCAGAAGUAUUGGCUGCUUUGCUGACAUAUUUAGAGCUCCCUGGGCAAUUCUUGCACAUCCUCGUAAAAGCUGUUUGACCAGAUCAGGACAUCAGAAAUGUAAAAAUUAACAGUGAGUUUACAGAAGUCAAGUAGCACUCAACACCAAAUGGAAGACAUUCUCCUGAUUGAAUUUGUGUGUGCAUAGGUACAUGUAGUGCUGUGGUAUACAUGUUUGUAUUGUGUGACCGAGACUUAAAAAUAAAGCUGUUCUUUUCUAAAGCUGUGAAUAGAAAAUGCAAUAUUUUGCAACUGGAAAGUUUUAUGAUAACUGUCGUCUUUUGCUGGUUACAUAAAUUGGAUUUGAUGACCAAUAGAACAGCUUUUCUUUGAAACAACAACAGAAACUCAGAUCUACUCUGUGUAAUACAUACACGGUAAAGAACAAAGAGAACCACUUUUAAUGCGAUUAAAAAUUACAAAUGUGAUGCACAUCCUCAAAUAUAUAUUCAGCCUAAUUCUCACAAAAACAAAUAUGGCUCUGGAGUUCCAGUAAUAGUAAAAAAAAAAAAAAAAAAAAAAAAAAAGUUAUCCUACUUCUUCCACAUCUAUAUUUGCCAUCGAUAUAGUAUAUGUACAUCACGUAAAACAGCUGUGAUUUUCUGUCUGUUUGUGCAUGCAUAUUUGCCUGCAAUAAUUAAAUGAUCUUUUUAAAUAAUAUCUGUAUAUCAUUACAUUGAGAGAAUAAGAAACCAACACAAUGUAUCAUAUAGUCAUUUUCUGUAAUCUGUGAUUUGAGGAAAAAAAUAGUUAAGACUUACAGAUAUUAAUAAAGGCGACAUUCUAUCCUGGCUGAUUCAACAAGGGGAAGCAGAAACAGUCCCAGAGCCCUUCCCUUAGCAAACCUGUCAUCCACAGUAGGAACCUGAAGUACAUUAUUAAUCAGAACCACAGCUGACAUCUCACUGCUGUUGAGUAGCUCUUGCUGUAGAUUAAAGCAGUCUCAUUUAUUAGAAGGGGACAUUUAGAUGCUUCCCAGGUUGUACAUGCUGUUGUGCUACCUGGCCAUCUUUCCCAACACCCUGUUGAGAUCUAUGAAGAGAGUUCAUCUAACUUCUUGUACAUAUGAAAUAAGGCUCCCUAUGUCCUUAUACGUUCAGGGUGCAUUGGUGUGAACACUAUCAAAAUUAAGGAUGGAUAUCCCCAACUUGAACACCACUUUAACAAAGAACACAAUUUUGCUCCAAAUUAAUAGCUGAUUUUAAAUACCAAGCACAAUACCCCAAAUCAUAAACAAUUUGGAUAAAUUAUCCUGGUCAUUUAGAAUAUUAGUCAACCUCAAAGACAUGUUUUCCUUUUCAGUAAUUUUAAUCCCAGCAUACUUUUUAAUUCCUGUGCAUAAACAUUGCCCUCAUCUUGAUCUGGACAGAAAACUAUCAUUACUUUUAAUAGGAACUGCAUAUAGAGAUUAGGAGGUAAACAGAUACCAUACAUUCUGCUGGGGCAUAUAACAAUCCCUGUCUACAGAGCCAAAUCAUGAAGUAAAAUUACAAUUAAAAUAUAUGUUAAAUUGACAAGCAUGUCAUUAAAAUGGUUUUCAAAAUAGUUUGACUAUUGGAUUGUUGAAUAGGGUUGCAUUUUCAAAUAAUGAACUUUACACUGCAUCUUUGAGAUCCAGACUGAAGAAUACACAGCUAAUUUUGACAGAAAUGCUUUAUAUUAAAGACCUGUGUAUAUACUAUCUUAAAUCACUUAAAAUGGACAGAUGCUUGUUUAUUAACCCUUGUACAGAAAACCUGGCUUUUUUAAAUAUAGCACAAUUAAUAGUAGUGCCAUAGCACAGGAACUAACUGUUAUAUUUUCAGUGCUUUACCCCAGCCAAUGUCCACUUUGAUAUGAUUGAAUUGUAAUAUAUUUUUUAAAGAAAAUCUAUAAGCCAUGUCUGGCUUUUUUUCUCCCUCAGUUGUAACAAAAAUUGUUUCAUUGUUGAAAUAUUUCUAUUUUCCAAAGAUGACUGAUGCUCAUCAUAUUGCCCUUCACUACUGAGACUUUCACUACAUGUGCUAGUAGGUUACUGUAAUAAACUUUCUAAUAAAAGAUUUGAAAUGUUGUAUUUGA